AUGACUUUUGUGGACAAGGUAUGCAAUGGAGCGCGGUACUACAAUAGGGACGAUUAUGCCGAAGCAUUCCACGCCGUCUUGCAGGAUCUGAGGUCCACCACGGCUGAGAAGGGGUUCGACUACCACACCCAUGCCUCUGUCAACCGUGCCGAGUGCUUUGGCCACGGUACGUGCAACGGCAUGCCGACACAGGCUGAUUGUACUAGCUGCAUGGAUUUUGCCUACGAUGAAAUCCGGAAAGUGUGCCCUUUUAGUGUCGGCGCACAACUUCAACUUCGCGAUUGUAGGUUUAGUUAUGAGCAAUAUUCGUUCAUGGAAUAA